AUGGCGCGCUUUGUUUCCUUGACCACCGCCCUGGCUCUCGUUUCCUCCGCUGUCGGGCGACCUCUCGAGGCCGGACAGUCAGUAUGGGGCGACCUGAGCUCCAAGAUCACGCAUGUGGUAUACCUUAUGAUGGAGAACCACUCCUUCGACAAUAUUGCCGGGUACUGGGACUUCCAUCCAGACAUCAACAACCUGCGCAACAUCGAGUUCUGCAACGAGUUCACCAACCCCAACUGGACCGUCUACGGCGAGCCCCUGAUGAUCUGUGCCUCGCCAUAUGAAGCCGAAGUGCCUCUCAAAGAUCCUGACCACAACUUUGCCGGCACCAGCUACGAGAUCUACCGCAAAUGGGAGCCGACCGCAGACGAUGUGCCUGACAUGUCGGGCUUCAUUGAGCGACAGUCUGACAAGUACAAUGCCACUCCGGGAGACAGUGCGUUCGUGAUCAAGGCAUACGAUCCAGCCAAGUCCAACACUCUCGCCACAUUGGCGCAGAACUAUGCGUUCUGGGACUCGUACUAUGCCGAACAUCCUGGCCCUACCAACCCUAACAGAAUGUUCGCGACCUCCGGCUCGACGUGCGGAUAUGUCGAUAACCACGACAGCCAAGCCACUGGCUGGUUCGCCAAUGUGACAGGAACGACGUGCGCGACUUCGAUCUUCGAGGCUCUCAGCAACAAGAACAUCAGCUGGAAGAACUACUACGAGAGCGACAUAUUGGAUUCGUAUAUCUACAAAUGGGUGCAGGACAACGCCAUGGACCGCCUGGUGCACGCAGAUCAGUUCUACGAAGACCUCAAGAACAACAACCUGCCUCAAUUCUCCUACAUCAACCCGGAAUGCUGUACCGUCGACUCGAUGCAUCCGACCAGCAACAUGGCCGCCGGCGAACUCAUGAUCAAGCAUCUAUACGAUGCACUCCGGAACUCCUCCUACUGGGACAAUGUUCUCCUCAUCAUCAACUUCGACGAACAUGGCGGUUUCGCCGACCACGUACCUCCCCCCACCGGCAUCCCACCACCCGAGGAUGGCAUCACCUUCUCCGGCGAGUCCGACGGUCUCAACGUCACAUACGACUUCACUCGUUUAGGUGUGCGUGUCCCGGCGAUCGCCAUCUCGCCCUGGAUCCCGCCCAACACGCUCAUCCACGACGAGGGGACCAAGUAUGCCUCCAAUUCCGAGUACACGCAUACCUCGUUCCUACAUUUCCUGCAGGAGCUCUGGGGCCUCGAGGGCUUCAACAACCGUGUCCAAUGGGCCAAGACUUUCGAGCAUAUCUUCUCCGAUACGCCGCAGGAAGGAGGCGGUUUGGCGAGUCUCCCCGCGCCCGUCUGGCACAGUACGGCGGGCCAACCGGAGCCGGAUGCUUUCCCGCUUCUGAAUCAGGACUAUAGCUAUUAUGCGAGUCUCGAUUAA